UUGCACUAACACGGAAUGUUUUUGUGUAGCACUUCGGAACACGGAAGUAAAGCGCCGCUGUUUAUGUUUUCGUCUUCUCAGCGGAUAGAAAACUUGAUUUGAAGACAGUAUGGCCGUGAGUGCCGUUCACCUGGAGUCCGACGCCUUCCUGGUGUGCAUGAAUCACGCGUUAAGCACAGAAAAAGAAGAGGUGAUGGGUUUGUGCAUCGGAGAGGUGGAAACCACCCGGAUAGUCCACAUCCACUCUGUCAUCAUCCUCCGCCGCUCGGACAAGAGGAAGGACCGGGUGGAGAUCUCCCCGGAGCAGCUGUCGGCGGCCUCCACGGAGGCGGACCGGCUGGCUGACAUGACCGGCAGGCCGAUGCGGGUGGUCGGCUGGUACCAUUCCCACCCGCACAUCACCGUGUGGCCCUCCCACGUCGACGUGAGGACGCAGGCCAUGUACCAGAUGCUGGACCAGUGUUUCGUGGGCCUCAUCUUCUCCUGCUUCAUAGAGGACAAGAACACCAAGACGGGCCGGGUGCUCUACACCUGCUUCCAGUCCGUGCAGGCGCAUAAGGGCUCCGAGUACGAGCGGGUGGAGAUCCCCAUCCACGUCGUGCCCCGCGAAGCCAUCGGUAAGGUGUGCCUGGAGUCCGCCGUGGAGCUGCCGCGGAUCCUGUGCCAGGAAGAGCAGGACACGUACCGCAAGAUCCACAGCCUGGCGCACCUGGACCCCGUCACAAAGAUCCACAACGGCUCGGUGUUCACCAAGAACCUGUGCAGCCAGAUGUCUGCGGUGAGCGGGCCGCUGCUGCAGUGGCUGGAGGACCGGCUGGAGCAGAACAAGGAGAGCAUCGUGGAGCUGCAGCGGGAGAAGGAGAGUCUGCUGCAGGAGCUGGCUGCUCCCUGAGGAGGACAGUGUGCAGACAGUUGUCCUGCUGUUGUUGGACAUUGGAAACGGACCAUCUGUUGUUUUACCUGCUUUACUUUGUGCUCACCUACCAGGCAGGGCUGGGUAUCGAGCAUCAAUACUUUUUUGUACCAACCGAAAAGUGUC